CUCUCUUGAAUAAUUCUCCUAAUUCUUCUAAUUAUAGCUUACGCCCUCACCCACUCACUGCUUGCUCUGCAUAUUACCACUGUCUUCUUUCAAGAUGGCGUCGAGAUGGCUAACUGAGCAGGUGGUCGGCCUGUUCUUCUUCGGGUUCGUAGUUGUCAUGGCGUGUUUGAUUAUGUGCCGAACAUCAAUUUUGCUGCUUAGGCUGAUUCUCGAAAUAUCAUUUGAGGCCAUGGGUGCACAGCGGGCUGUGGAUAUAGUCAGGGAGACCAAUAAGAAAAGGGUUCUCCAGAGAGCCCCCCAACCACAGGUGCAGAAACAGGUGAAGAAUGACUGCAGUCCCUGGCUGGACGAUGUAGCCCAUGACAUGAAUGUCUUCAGGCAGAGAGACAUCCUUCUGAGAACAAUGGUCCUAGAUAGUGUCGUGAUGGGGAAAAUUAAAGAAAUUGAAACAUUUGAUACGAUCGGUCCUGAGGACUGGAAGUUAAAGCUAGCCGAUUCGAAACAGAGGCUCGGAAUUUGAGGGCAGUACUAUUCGACCUUGCUUAGGCGCCAGCCGCUCACGUCGAGGGUGGGGUGAGACGAUUGGUCGAAUCUUGGCUUUUUCUAGAUGGAGAUGGACAGGGAAAACAUCAGUGUAAAGCCGCACAAGGAUGCUGCGCAAGGGGAUGCGGAUGCUGCCAGAAGCCACGGGGUAUGAUUCUUCCGGGAGAGCUGUACUAUUCUCAUUGCACAGCGUUCUGUCUUUGCUGUACCAGAGCUCGAAAAUUCACAAAGCUCUCCAUAGACUAUACUUUUCGGGUCAAAACAAACAGAUCACUAAAGUGACCACGCAGCAACCAGACUAGAAAUUUUCAUAGAUGUGGAAGGAUAGAGAAAAUGCGAAUGACACCAGAGACAGUAAUUGGACCGGUCACUCUAGCAGUUUCGGGUAUGGGAGAAGCUAUUCGUGUAUUAAAGAUCAGAUCAUUUAUUCAUACACAUCAGCAGCUAAUGGUAUGAACGAAGCUAUGCGACAUUGACUUUCCAUCCAUCCAUAAUGAUAGGAGUAUCAGAAAUGACUGGGGUAUAGUGGAUAUUUACUUUUGCCUUUUCUUUAAUCUCCAUCUUUUAGCAGCGAAAUAAAUCUUUUUUACAUUCGUUUGUUCUGUGUCAUUGUCUAUAUCCCAAGCAACCGAUGAUGUUACAGACGGGGUUAUUAGCCGUCUUCAAGAUGUCGGGUACAGAUGGUGGCUCAAGAACCUAGUUUUGGGUAUUCCUAUAAUCUGUUGUAAGGACCACCGGGAUUACCACCGUUCGGCUGACGAUGGUAUCUCCACAAGUAAAGUCUCGCAAAAGGGACGGUAAUUUUACUUAUAUAAGAGAAUUAAGAUUGUAUCCCCCAAUUACACAGUAUAACUAUGAGAGCUUCACUAGAAAAAGGGACAGAAUACCAAGGUGGAUGAGUUUCUGCCUCGAAGCUGAAGUUUUAGUUGUGUCAUGACCAUCGCGGCAGGCGGCAAACGCGUCUAUGGACAAACCAUAAGCGCCUAGCUUGUCGUGCCCGGCGCUAAAUAGACCAAUUUACUACCUUCCAAGGGACUACUCCAAGUGACAGGGUAAUCAGUCGUGCAACGCUUGUAUAAAUUCUGGGAUACUUACAAACUGAGGGCAUCAUGAGCCGUGAAGAGAGCCCGAAGCGGCGGAAGAUAGAUUCCGAUAGAUUCGCACUUUCGUCACCAAAGAGCUACACCGGCCCUGGCCCUAGACACCUUUUCAAGCGACGCGACAGACCCCCAGUGAACGACGACGACGACGGCCAGGAAAGGCCCAGCAGGGGACGAAAUGGCUCAUCAACUCCCCACCAGCACGCAUUCGAUGGCCCCGAAGCAUUCGUGAACGAUGAUGACGCUAUGGCCCUGGAUCGUGACUGGUACAUGGGUGAUGAAUCUGGACACACCUUUGGAGACGAGACGCAUAACCCCUUUGGCGCUCCAGAAAGUGCCUGGGC